AUGAAUGCCAUCAAUGGAGGCAGUUCUUACGACAGCCCUUCUCAAAUUUCCCUUAUUGAUAUAUUUUUCCCCGGUCUCAGUCUGGCUUUUACACCGGCACAGCAGCUCCUUGCCGACAACGUGGACAGCUACACUCGACUCCUGUGUACCUUGGGAGUGUUUGUCCUCUUCACCCGCUACGCAAUUCGCUAUUUUUGGGAACUAGUGAGAAGCUACUUCACUUCAACACUUCAUGUCUCAUAUUAUGACGAAGCGUACGAUAUGCUGGUCGAUUGGAUAGCUCAACAACCAUUCGUCCACAAUGCCCAGUCAUCAAUAGCUCGCGUGAGAUCUCCACAGCGGACAAUCAUCCAGAACCAAACAAAGAAAAAACCUUUGACAUUUUCUCCCUGGGAUGGGUCUUUUCCUUUCUGGUAUAAAGGACAUCUGCUCAUCCUUCAUUGCGCGGUUAAGGACCAUCGAGAAGACAUUUAUAUCUCCUCUAUUGGCCUUUCCCCCAACAUUCUCAAAGAGCUUGUUGAAGAGUGUCGAGGAACAUAUCUCAACAACAUUAACAAAAAAAUCACCGUCUUUGAGCACCGUGAAGGGGACUGGAAGAAAACGAGGCUGAGAGCAAUUCGACCCAUCUCUACAGUUAUCAUGGACAAGCAAGUACAGGAUGAUCUUCUGGGAGAUGUGAAGGACUUUCUGGAUGAGGAUACACAAAAAUGGUACGCCGACCGCGGAAUCCCCUACCAACGAGGCUACCUUUUACAUGGACCUCCCGGGACCGGAAAAUCCAGCUUUACAAGCUUGAUGAAGCUAUUUGCUGAGCUUCCGCCGCACUGUAUCGUUCUCCUGGAAGAUGUCGAUGCCGCCGGGAUGGGCCGAAGAGACGAUGCGGAUAUAGACCUGGAAAACAAUUCAGACCCUGGAGUUACCCUAUCCGGCCUUCUCAAUGUUCUUGAUGGUGUGUCAUCUCAAGAAGGUCGGGUGCUCAUCAUGACGACAAAUCAUAUCGAACGCCUUGACGAAGCACUUAUUCGCCCUGGCCGCACAGACAAAAAGGUGCAUUUUAAGCUUGCCGAUAGGAGAAUAUCCGCUCAACUUUUUCGCACAGUCUUCAAACAGACGCCCGACAACAAUCAAGCCAAGAAGCAAUUCGGUGGCGAGACGAUUGAGAGCCUUGCAAACAACUUUGCUUCCAAGGUGCCAGAUGAAGUUUUCAGUCCGGCCGAAGUCUUGUCGUUCCUAUUGGAGCAGAAGAAUUCACUUUUUGGUGCUGUUACUGGUGUUGAAGACUGGGUGGUGAAGGCGAAGGAGGCGGCGAGCCAACUAAAGAGAGAGAGUUCUUGGGUACAAGGACACUAA